AUGCCAGCACGCAGCAGCAGCAACAGUCAGGUCAUGAGGGGAGAGGGGCGGGGAGGCAGCACCGGGCAACAGCCAGCGGCGAGAUGGAGGCGGGACUCAGGUUCCGCACUCCAGCUGCUGGCGUCCCCCCUGGUGUCGCGGUCCCCGUCGCCGAACCCCGAAUGGGAGGACGAGGAACGCAUCACGGAUGUAGAGCUGGAGGAGGAGGAGGAGGCCGGCGUCCGGCCGGCAGGGCAGGAGGCCGAGGUGACGACUAUCGACCUGUCGUCGUCCGAAGAGGAGGAGGAGGAAAGCAAGGAGGACACCGGGACGGAGACGAGGGCCGGAGCCGGAUUCGGGCGGAUCCGGUUGGGCGACGCUGCGCCAUCGGGCCACCCGGAGGAGGCAAAGCGCAUAUUCGCAACCCGGGCAGAGGUGGUGCGGCGAGUAUUCGCGCAGCGGGCGGUGGCACGGGCAGCCGCAGCAGCCAGGGAGUGGCAAAAGCGCCUGGAUGAGGCUGAGGCCGAAGAGGCAGCAAUCUGGGCACGGCCAGGCCCUCCGGAGCAGCCGCCGCUGCAAGCACCUCCACCGCCGUCGCCACCGUCGUCGCUGUCGCAGCCGGCGCAUCAACACCCCCACCACCGUCACCGCCGCAGGCACCACGGCCAUCCAGGCACCACGGCACGGGCGGAGACACCACCGCCUCCACCGCCGCCGUGGGUGCCAACGCCAUCGCCGUUGCCAGCAAAACGGCUCGGUGGGGAGCCGGAGUUCUGGGAGAAGGGGCCCUGGGUGUGGCCGACAUCAGGAGUGCCUGCCGCACGGCCGCCCAAACUCGCCAGGCUGACGUCGUGCCCGGAGCCGCGGUCCCCACCAGCCAGGCCGUCAGUGUCCCGCCAAAAUUCGGCGGACAGCAGCCGCUGUCAGGAGAUGGCCGAGGAAGAGUGGCCGCCCAGGGUGGCAGCCGAGGCCAACAGGCGGCAGAGGAGAGCCCGUAGCAGCCUCUGGGCCAAACUCCUCGUGGUAGACGGCGUCCGCUACCGCAUCCGGGUAUCCAACGGGGUGGUAAGAGUCCUGAGGGGCUAA